CUUGGCACAUGGCUCAUCCACCUCCCCCCACGCGAUCCUCCUCGCUCGCCUGACCGAGACUUGCAUCCUCACUUCAUCUCAUCUCUCACACCUCUCAUCGCCAUCGCCGCUGCAUCCCCCUCGUCGCGUUCGGCGCGUCGGUCGCACUCGCAUUCGCAUCACAUCAGCCACAAUCUCAUCGGCAGUUUUCGCCUCUCGGGCCUUCUCCUUCGCCUCCUCCUCCUCUCCUCCUCUCUUCAUCACCACUUCUCCCCCACAUCUCUCCUCCCACCAUGUGCUUUGGUCGCCGCCCCAAGGAACCGAAGCAGAUGCAGUCGGUCGCCAAGGCGCUGUACAAGCCCAGCACGCACCCACCCGUGCCAGUAAUGGAGGACUACACACCCUCGGCCAAGAGCAGCACGACGCGUCUCGCCGCCCCGCGCAUGUCCGCCGCGCACCGGAACAGCAUCGCGAGCGUAGGUGGUGACACCGUGUCGUCGGGACGGACGAGCGUUGCCGAAGCCGAGCGCGAGGCCGAGCAAGCCGCACUCCGCGCCCUCGUCACCCAGCGGAAGCAGGAGUCGCCUGACUCACCAUUCGUCUUCCCCGCCCUCGCGCCGUGGAUCGAGGCGGGUCAACUUGCCGCUCUGCUGCAGCAGGACGCGCUGGUUGAGGCCGGCGACGAGUUGGGCGAGCACCGCUUCGACGUGGACAUGGCUGCGGGAACGUUGACCUUCACUUCCGACGACGGGAGGAAGCUUGAAUGCGGCGCGCACCUCCUGUGCUCGAUUGCGCCGGGCCCGCGCUCGAUCCUGUGGGGCUGGGCGCACCCGCGCGGCGACGACGUGGCGGCUGGCCUCCGCCGUGCCGGCGACGAGCUAAAGCUCCCAGAGCUCGCGGCAGAAGAACUUCCCUUCCCCGAAGGCUUUGAGCCGACGGAAGACGACGUCGCGGCCCUCGCGCACGAAAUCGGCGCUGCCGCCGUCGGCAUCCUCCGCCGCGGACCCUACUACUCGGCGCCGAACGGCACCGCGCGCGUCCUCUUCAUCCUCGACGCGCCCCUGCCACAACUCACGCUCGCGACCGCCGUCGCCAAGGCGCCGCGCAUCCUCGCGUCAGGGCUCAUCAACAACCCCCGCCGCGCAGUCGAGGGUUUGGCUGGCAUGAUGGGCUGGAGCUCGAGCGCUGUCGCCGACGGCCGCGGGCUGCAGUUCGGCGACGGCAAGAGUGCGGCGACCGUCAUGUUCGACGAGAAUGGGCGUUGGGCCGGGAUCUCGGCGGCGCUGGCCGCUGGGGCGAGCACGACGGCACCAACAUCACAGGCCGCACACAACCAGGCCGCGCCGCCAACAGUCACUAUCACUGCCGCCGCGUAGAGUUAGCGUAUUGGGACAGAGGACACGUAGAACGAGACACGAGAUUUACUGUAUGUAUGUAUGCAUGAAGUUGUGG